AUGGUAUCAAUGAUUGAAGAGGCUAAAGAGUUGGAAGAAAAGCCUGAAGUGGAAUCUUUGCCAUCUACAAAGGAAAUUACCAUUGGUGAAGAGCAGCUGAUAUCUAUUAUUGCAACUGAAAAGACAAUAGAUACCGAAGCCAUGGAGGCAGUUGUCUCCAUUAAAAAAGAUUCCUUGUCUGAUGAAGAAUUCUUUGAAGUUCCAUCAACUGAAGUAACAGAAACAGAGUUUGAAGAAAUAAAGCCUGAGGAGACAAAGAUAGCUAUAACAGCUACAACAAAAACUCUUGUGGCUGAAGAUAUUACACCCGAAUUUAGAGAUACAGUCGAGAAGAUAUGUGAAGAAGCUGAAGUGCAACCUCAAUCUGAUGAAGUUUUAAUAUCAGAGAUGGAACAGAUAAUUAUACCUAGCCACAUGGAAACUAUUCUUGCUGAUAGUGAAGAAACUGGCAAAGAAAUAUCUACAAUUACAUUAGAAUCUGAUCUAGAGAUAAAACCAAAAGUUUCAGAUGAAAUUCCAAAAGAAUUAUCUACUAUUUCUAUAUUAACUGUAGCUUCUGAGGAUAGUGACAUCACAGCUGUUGAAAAAGUUACUGAUAUUAUUCCAACGAUUGAAGAAGAAGCUAAGGCUGAUGAAAUCAUAACUACUGAACCAUUAGAAAUUACUCUUAGUAGUAGUGCUACUAGUGUCACAAAGGAAGAAGUGGAUAAAUUCACUGAAUCCACAACAUUGGAAGUAAUACCACAUGAAGAAAUGAAACCACAAUCAGAAGAAUUACAGAUUACAUUAACAAGUGCUGCUGUGGCUCCUACAGAAGAAACUAUAGUUGCAAUUAGUGAGGAAAGCAAACCUGAGGAGAAAAUAUCAGUUGUUGCAGCCGAACCACAAAUUCCUCAAGUUUCUGAGUUUGUUCUCCCAGUGGUUGAACAAGCCAAGAUUACUUCAAAGAUAACCACAAGUAUAAAAGAAGGUGAAGCACCUGUGUCUGAUGAGAAAGUUAAAGAUGUUCCUUCACAAAUAACAAUCAAUAUUGAGUCUAAGGAAAUAAGUACUGAAAAACAGGAACCUUUGAUUGGUAAAGUAGAAGAGACUUUCAUUUAUGAAGAUGAAGAAAAAGAAUCUGGUGAUGAAGUAUUUGAUGUACCUGAAGAAAGUACAGAAAAGGUCACAUUGCAACAGAUUCAGUCAGGUGACCUUCAGAUUUCAGUCAAAUCUGAAAUGGUAUCAAUGAUUGAAGAGGCUAAAGAGUUGGAAGAAAAGCCUGAAGUGGAAUCUUUGCCAUCUACAAAGGAAAUUACCAUUGGUGAAGAGCAGCUGAUAUCUAUUAUUGCAACUGAAAAGACAAUAGAUACCGAAGCCAUGGAGGCAGUUGUCUCCAUUAAAAAAGAUUCCUUGUCUGAUGAAGAAUUCUUUGAAGUUCCAUCAACUGAAGUAAAAGAAACAGAGUUUGAAGAAAUAAAGCCUGAGGAGACAAAGAUAGCUAUAACAGCUACAAUAAAAACUCUUGUGGCUGAAGAUAUUACACCCGAAUUUAAAGAUACAGUCAAGAAGGUAUGUGAAGAAGCUGAAGUGCAACCUCAAUCUGAUGAAGUCUUAAUAUCAGAGAUGGAACAGAUAAUUACACCUAGCCACAAGGAAACUAUUCUUGCUGAUAGUGAAGAAACUGGCAAAGAAAUAUCUACAAUUACAUUGAAGUCUGAUCUAGAGAUAAAGCCAAAGGUUUCAGAUGAAAUUCCAAAAGAAUUAUCUACUAUUUCUAUAUUAACUGUAGCUUCUGAGGAUAGUGAUAUCACACCUGUUGAAAAAGUCACUGAUAUUAUUCCAACGAUUGAAGAGGAAGCUAAGUCUGAUGAAAUAAGUACUACUGAACCAUUAGAAAUUGCUGUUAGUAGUAGUGCUACUAGUGUCACAAAGGAAGAAGUGGAUAAACUUACCGAAUCCACAACAUUAGAUGUGAUACAACAUGAAAAAAUGAAACCACAAUCAGAAGAAUUACAGAUUACAUUAACAAGUGCUGCUGUGGCUCCUACAGAAAAAACUAUAGUUGCAAUUAGUGAGGAAACCAAACCUGAGGAGAAAAUAUCAGUUGUUGCAGCUGAACCACAAAUUCCUCAAGUUUCUGAGUUUGUUCUCCCAGUGGUUGAACAAGCCAAGAUUACUUCAAAGAUAACCACAAGUAUAAAAGAAGGUGAAGCACCUGUGUCUGAUGAGAAAGUUAAAGAUGUUCCUUCACAAAUAACAAUCAAUAUUGAGUCUAAGGAAAUAAGUACUGAAAAACAGGAACCUUUGAUUGGUAAAGUAGAAGAAACUUUCAUUUAUGAAGAUGAAGAAAAAGAAUCUGGUGAUGAAGUAUUUGAUGUACCUGAAGAAAGUACAGAAAAGGUCACAUUGCAACAGAUUCAGUCAGGUGACCUUCAGAUUUCAGUCAAAUCUGAAAUGGUAUCAAUGAUUGAAGAGGCUAAAGAGUUGGAAGAAAAGCCUGAAGUGGAAUCUUUGCCAUCUACAAAGGAAAUUACCAUUGGUGAAGAGCAGCUGAUAUCUAUUAUUGCAACUGAAAAGACAAUAGAUACCGAAGCCAUGGAGGCAGUUGUCUCCAUUAAAAAAGAUUCCUUGUCUGAUGAAGAAUUCUUUGAAGUUCUAUCAACUGAAGUAAAAGAAACAGAGUUUGAAGAAAUAAAGCCUGAGGAGACAAAGAUAGCUAUAACAGCUACAACAAAAACUCUUCUGGCUGAAGAUAUUACACCCGAAUUUAGAGAUACAGUCGAGAAGAUAUGUGAAGAAGCUGAAGUGCAACCUCAAUCUGAUGAAGUCUUAAUAUCAGAGAUGGAACAGAUAAUUACACCUAGCCACAAGGAAACUAUUCUUGCUGAUAGUGAAGAAACUGGCAAAGAAAUAUCUACAAUUACAUUGAAGUCUGAUCUAGAGAUAAAGCCAAAGGUUUCAGAUGAAAUUCCAAAAGAAUUAUCUACUAUUUCUAUAUUAACUGUAGCUUCUGAGGAUAGUGAUAUCACACCUGUUGAAAAAGUCACUGAUAUUAUUCCAACGAUUGAAGAGGAAGCUAAGUCUGAUGAAAUAAGUACUACUGAACCAUUAGAAAUUGCUGUUAGUAGUAGUGCUACUAGUGUCACAAAGGAAGAAGUGGAUAAAUUCACUGAAUCCACAACAUUGGAAGUAAUACCACAUGAAGAAAUGAAACCACAAUCAGAAGAAUUACAGAUUACAUUAACAAGUGCUGCUGUGGCUCCUACAGAAAAAACUAUAGUUGCAAUUAGUGAGGAAACCAAACCUGAGGAGAAAAUAUCAGUUGUUGCAGCUGAACCACAAAUUCCUCAAGUUUCUGAGUUUGUUCUCCCAGUGGUUGAACAAGCCAAGAUUACUUCAAAGAUAACCACAAGUAUAAGAAGGUGA